AUGUCGGUGAUAGUAUUGAAGAUCAAUGGGAAAAAAUAUGAAGUGGACGGUCGUUUUGGCCCAGACGUGUCCUUGAACGAGUACAUCCGAAAUGUGGCAGACCUCCGUGGUACCAAAGCGAUGUGCCACGAGGGUGGCUGUGGCGCCUGUAUCGUCGCCGUACGCGCCGCUUCCCCACCCACGCAGGAGAUGAAGACAUUUGCUUGCCUAGUAUCAGUCCUAUCCUGCCACGGCUGGGAAGUGACCACAGUGGAAGGAAUCGGGAACCGGACUGUCGGCUACCACGAUAUUCAGAGCAGACUGGCCAAGUUCAAUGGCACACAAUGUGGAUACUGCUCGCCUGGUUGGGUCAUGAAUAUGUACAGUCUCAUGAAAUCCAAAAGCAAUCUGACGAUGGCAGACAUAGAAAAUUCGUUUGCCAGCAACAUCUGCCGAUGUACCGGAUACAGGCCCAUCGCAGACGCUCUCAAAUCAUUCGCUAAAGACGCUGAUGAAAAGUUACUCAACAAAGUAUGUGACUUGGAAGACUUGGCUAUACUAAAACCAUGUGGAGUAAAAUGCUACAAGCAAUGCCCACAUAAGAAGAAAAGAAUAAUUGAAGUUAAUAAAGAAGAGGGACAGGAAGAUUGGUGUGAAUUAGUUAAAAAUGAUAAUGAGGUAUUGAAAAUAAACGCGAAAAAUCAUAAGUGGUCCAAAGUUUAUACUUUGAAAGACGCUUUUAAAAUUAUGACGGAAGACGGUGAUUAUAAACUGAUCGCUGGUAAUACUGGACAAGGAGUAUAUCAUGUGAAAGACUACCCAACAAACAUAAUAGACAUAUUCAGUGUGGUUGAACUAAAAGGGCAUACAAUUGACGUGAAUCUGAUUGUUGGUGCUGGCAUGCCGUUGUCUGAUGUGAUGGAGUUGUUUUUAACACUAAGCAACGAACAGGAGGAUUUUUUGUAUCUGAAACAGCUGUAUGACCAUUUGGAUUUAGUAGCACAUAUUCCAGUAAAGAAUAUUGGAACUAUUGGUGGAAAUUUAUGCCUGAAGCACGCAAACAACCAAUUUCAAUCAGACUUGUUUUUGCUUUUGGAAACGGUUGGUGCCAUGGUUACUGUCGCUGAAUCUUUGAAUAAAAAAUCUGUCAUUAGUCUACCAGACUUCCUCAAAACAGACAUGAAAGGUAAAAUACUACUGAACGUAAUUUUGCCUCCAUUAUCACGAUGCUGUUACGUGAAAACCUUUAAGAUCAUGCCUCGCUCUCAAAACGCCCACGCGCAUGUCAACGCAGGCUUCUUAUUUCGAUUUCCUCAAAAUUCCCAACGGCUGGAAAGUAUUACCAUAGUGUACGGUGGCAUAUCACCAACAUUUAUACACGCCUCUAAAACCGAAGCUGCAUUAGUUGGUAAAGACCCUUAUACCAACGAAACGCUGCAACUAGCUGUCAAAAGCUUAUUUGAUGAGAUAACUCCUGAAGAGGUGCCACCGGAACCAUCAGCAGAUUUUAGAAGAAUGUUAGCUGUGUCUUUGUACUACAAGGCAAUUUUAAGCACGUGUCCAAAAGACAAAAUUGAUCCAAAAUAUCAAUCGGGAGGAGAAAUCAUGAAGAGAAUAACUUCAGAAGGGAACCAGGUAUUCGACACUGAUAAAACUGUAUGGCCUCUGAAUCAGCCAGUACCUAAAUUGGAGGCGCUGGUACAAUGUAGCGGUGAAGCUGUCUUUGCUAAUGAUGUACCACGAGAGACUAAUGAAGUUUUCGCGGCGUUUGUCACAGCUGAUGUUGUUGCAGGCAGUAUUAUCGAGGAAUUUGAUCCUGCUGAGGCACUUGCUAUUCCUGGGGUCAUCGCUUUUUAUUCUGCCAAGGACAUACCAGGCGACAAUAAUUUUAGUCCGCCUAACAUUCCAAUCCUGAGUGCCCCAGAAGAAAUCCUCUGCUCUGAAAAAGUAAUGUUUUACGGACAACCUGUUGGUAUCAUUGUAGCGGAUAGAGAAAAAACUGCUCAGAAAGCAGCAGACGUUGUAAAAAUUAAGUAUUCCUUUAUAAACACGCAGAAACCUUUGUUAACUAUAGACGAUGUCUUGAAAUCACCAGAGAAAAGUAAAAGAGUGGUUGUUAAUAGAACAAUUGAACCUACAGACACUGGUAAUAAUGUUAGGAGUAUAGUUCAUGGAGAAUUCAAGAUGGAUAGUCAAUACCAUUAUCAUAUGGAGACUCAGACAGCCGUUGCCAAACCGACGGAAGAUGGAAUGGAAAUUUACUCGGCAACUCAGUGGCUUGAUCUGACAAAUGUUGCUGUAGCACAAUGUUUAAAAGUACCAGCUAAUAGCAUCAACGUGAUCGUGCGUCGCGUCGGCGGGGGCUACGGUGCAAAGAUAAGUCGCGCGACCCAAAUCGCUUGCGCAGCUGCUCUUGUGUGCCAUCUUCAAGGGACCACCUGCCGGUUCGUCCUGCCACUUCAAACUAAUAUGAAGGCUAUCGGCAAGCGGUUACCUACGUCUUGUAAAUUUGAGGGCGGCGUUGAUAGAGAAGGAACAAUACAGUACUUAAAGCUUGCUUUCUACCAAGACUGUGGCCACGUUUUCAACGAAAUUCUGGCUCCACUCACAGCUGAACAUAUAAAGAAUUGCUACGACAUAUCACGCUGGUCGGUUGAAGCUAACAGCGUGCUUACGGAUACUGCUUCUAACACAUAUUGCAGAGCCCCUGGCACAACUGAAGGCGUCGCAAUUAUUGAACAUGUAAUGGAAAGAAUAGCUUUCAAUUUAAAAGCAGACCCGCUUCAAGUUAGACAACAAAACAUGGUCAAAAAUAACCCACUUCCUGAAAUGAUAAAUCAGUUGAAACAGGAUUCAAAUUUCGAACAAAGACAACUAGAUAUCAAGAAGUUCAAUAUUUCGAAUAGGUGGAGAAAAAGAUCAUUGAAUAUAUUACCUUUGUCCGUUGGAAUAUAUUACAUUGGAAAUUUCAAUUCAUUAAUUUCCAUUUACCAUGGAGAUGGUUCAGUGGUUAUUACGCACGGAGGUAUAGAAAUGGGCCAAGGGAUUAAUACUAAAGCAGCGCAAGUUUGCGCUCACUUACUUGGAGUGCCGUUGGAGAAAGUCAGUGUGAAGCCUAGCACAAGUUUUACAUCUCCUAACUCCAUUGUAACAGGUGCUAGUAUCGGUAGUGAAAGCGUUGCUUUUGCUACUAAAAAAGCCUGUGAAAUCUUAAUGGAGAGACUUCAACCUAUCAAAGAUAAAAUGGAGAAGUAUUCUUGGGAAGAACUUAUAGCUGAAGCAUACGGAGUUGGUGUAGAUUUACAAGCGUGUUACACUUUUACCUCCAAGGAUGAUGUAAAACCUUAUAACGUUUAUGCAACUUGCGCUUUGGAAGUAGAAGUUGAUAUACUGACAGGGAAUCAUGAUGUGAGACGAGUAGAUAUUCUGGAAGAUACUGGAAGAAGUUUGAGCCCAGAAAUUGAUGUGGCGCAGAUCGAAGGAGCCUUUGUCAUGGGCCUAGGCUACUGGUCCUCAGAGAAGCUCAUCUAUGAUAAGGACACCGGAGCCCUACUCACGGAUCGUACGUGGACAUACAAGCCGCCAGGUAUUAAAGACAUCCCGGCUGACAUGAGGAUAUAUUUUAAGAGGGACUCCAGGAAUGAAUUUGGUGUUUUGCAGUCUAAAGCAACGGGAGAGCCAGCAUUGUGCCUCGCUGUGGUUCUGACGUAUGCGCUUCGGGAUUGCGUGCGCGCCGCUCGAUUAGACGCCGGUUACAAGGAUCAGUGGAUAGAUAUAGCUAACCCGUGUACAGUUGAAAACAUUUUCAUGGCAGUAGAACAUCGUCUUGAACAUUUUAAAUUAAAUUAA